ACCAGGCAAUCACUGAAAAUGGCCAAGAAUAUUACCAGCAAACAACUGAACGUUGAGGUAACUACCAUUGAUGCUGUACUGGAAUUCUCCAUUGAAGGUAAAGCAACAGGUAAACAGCUGUUUGAUUUAGUGACGAGGACCCUGGGACUGAGGGAGGUCUGGUACUUUGGACUAAUGUUUACUGACGCUAAAGGUUUCAAGACUUGGCUGAGAUACGAUAAAAAGAUCAUUGAUCAGCACAUUCCUAAGGACAGCGUCGUUGGCUUUAAAUUCCGUCCAAAGUUCUACCCAGAGGAUGUGAGCACUUUAAUAAUGGAAGUAACAAUACAUCUGUUCUAUCUGCAUUGUAAGGAAGAUAUUAUUGAUGAAAGGAUCUAUUGUUCUCCGGAGGCGUCGCUGCUAUUAGCAUCAUUUGCAUUACAAUCUGAAUACGGACCUUAUGAUGAAUCUGUCCAUAUUCCUGGCUUCCUUAAUAACCAGCACUUACUACCUUCAAAUGUGAUCACACAGUUUGAUCUCACUCCCCAGCAGUGGGAGGUUCAACUGAUAGACUUAUGGACCAAACACACUAACAUGCUAAAGAGUGAAGCUGAAUUAGAAUAUUUAAAAAUAGCCCAAGACUUGGAAAUGUACGGAAUUAAUUAUUUUGAGAUCACAAAUAAGAAAGGGUCCCAGCUGUGGUUGGGUGUAGAUGCUUAUGGUCUAAAUAUAUACAACCAUGACAAUAAAGUACAACCAAAGAUAUCAUUUCCAUGGGGUGAGAUUAGAAAUGUUGAAUAUCACGGGAAAAAGUUCUGCAUUAUGCCAGAGGACAGGAAUUCACCAGAUUUUGUAUUUUAUGUACCAAAAACUAAAAUAUCUGACCUAAUCAUGCAACUUUGUGUUGGCAAUCAUGACCUUUAUUUGAAGAGAAGGAAGCCAGCUACCAUGGAGAUACAGCAAAUGAGGGCUCAAGCAAAGGAAGAGAGGAGCAGAAAGAUAAUGGAGAGAGACAAGCUUGAGACUGAGAAGGCAGCAAGAAUGCAACUUGAAAGAGAAAAGAAAGAACUGGAAGAAAGACUCAUAGCAUUAGAGAAGGAGAACCAACAGGCACAUCAAGCAAAAUUGGCAGCAGAGACAAGAGCACAGAUAAUGGAGGAAAGAAUGAAAAUAGCAGAAGAACAAACACACAGUUUGACAAGGAAGAAGAUUGAGACUGAAGCUGAGAUGCAGCGAGUUAGAGCCUCAGCUAUUAAAAGUGAAGAGGAAAGAAUAGUCAUGAAGAAGAAAGUCAUCAAAGCAAAGGAGGAGGCAGCAAGUUUACAACAAACAGCACAACAGGAGAGACAAGAAGCAGAGAGCUUAAGGAAACGACUUGAGAGAGCUCACAUUAACAACUCACCUCCUUCACCACUGACUUUACAAUACAAAGACACUUCACCUACAGUCAAGACACCUACUUCACUACUGUCAUCAGAAUUAGGUGAUUCCAAUGAUACAGUUGUUGAUGUGUUGCCUAAUGGAAGCAGUUCAGUUGAUGUCAGCAAUACUGAAGAUCUUGCUACUGAAUUACAAAAACAGCAUGAGGACUAUUGGCAGCAGUCACAAUACUUGAGUGAGAAACUAACAGCACUUCAAAAUGAAGUAGCAGACUUUAAACAAGAAGAGAAAGAGAAGGAGUCCUCUCCAUUGCCUCUAGUCAGAGGAGUGAGGGGGAAAGAGAGAAAGAGCAAGACUGAGGUUUCCACCACUCAAAGGAUCCAUGCCUCAAUAGUGAGACAAAGCUCACAUAAGCACUAUACUUAUGACAAGAGUAAAUCUGGUUCAACUAAAUCCCGAAUCGAGUUUUUUGAAGAUUUAUGAGUUGGAGGGUCGUAUUGCUGUUAUCAAUACUUAUAUUCAAUGACUAUUUCAUUCUAUUUUAAUCAUUAUUGUGUAUUUUCAUCACUCAGUCAGUAUUUUAAUGAUAAUUAUAACUAUCUUGUGGUUGAAAGAAA